AUCACCGGCGAUGAGCGCGCACGUCUAGAGGCUGAGCGCGAACGCCUCUACCAGCAGCUGGAUGAGAAGGACGAAGAGAUUAACCAGCAAAGCCAGUAUGUGGAGAAUCUGAAGGAUCAGAUUUUGGAACAAGAAGAGCUAAUUGCAAAUGCACGUCGCGAAUACGAGGCACUUCAGUCGGAGAUGGCCCGCAUCCAACAGGAAAACGAAUCGUCCAAGGAAGAAGUGAAAGAAGUGUUGCAGGCGCUUGAAGAAUUGGCUGUUAACUACGAUCAAAAGUCGCAGGAGAUUGAUACCAAGAACAAGGAUAUUGACUCCAUGAAUGAGGAAUUACAACAAAAGCAAACGCUGCUCAAUACGACCACGUCAGAGCUGCAACAAUUGAAGGACAUGUCAUCACAUCAGAAGAAACGCAUCAAUGAGAUGCUGACCAAUCUUUUACGUGAUCUCGCCGAAGUCGGUCAAGCAUUAACCGCUAGCGACUCUGGCGUCGACAUGAAGAUGAACACCGUCACUGGUGCGGGCGAUUCGACUAAAGUCGAGGAAGACUUCACCAUGGCGCGUCUAUAUAUUAGCAAAAUGAAGACGGAGGCCAAGAAUAUGGCACAGCGUUGUGUCAACAUGGAAACNCAGCAGGUGGACUCGAACAAAAAACUGUCCGAGUAUGAAAAAGACCUGGGCGAAUAUCGUUUAUUGAUCUCGCAGCAUGAGGCGCGCAUGAAGUCGCUACAAGAAUCGAUGCGCGAGGCCGAAAACAAGAAGCGCGCACUCGAGGAACAAAUUGAUUCACUGCGUGAGGAAUGCGCCAAGCUGAAGGCGGCCGAACAUGUGUCCGCUGUAAAUGCCGAAGAGAAACAGAAGGCGGAGGAACUGCGUUCCAUGUUCGACUCGCAAAUGGAUGAACUGCGUGAAGCGCACACCAAGCAAGUGUCCGAAUUGCGUGACGAAAUACUGGCCAAGCAGCAUGAGAUGAACGAAAUGAAGGAUGUGUACCAGAAGUUGAUCUUGGCACAUCAGCAGAUGACAGCCGAUUACGAGAAAUUGAAGCAGGAGGAAGCCGACAAGUCCAACAAGUUGCAGGACAUCAUUUUAACCAACGAGAGACGCGAGCAGGCACGCAAGGACUUGAAAGGUCUCGAAGAUACCGUUUCAAAGGAGCUGCAAACGCUGCAUAACCUCAGGAAGCUUUUCGUGCAAGAUUUACAGGUAAGUGUAGGGCAGAAAUCACCCAAAUUCAUACAAAGUGUAACUACUCAUUUUCUC